AUGUCGGAAUUUAACCCAGGCGAUUUUAUGGUGGAAUCAACCAUAGAAAAUUUUAAUAGUCUACGUAAAGAUGACCUAGUUACGCUAGUCAAGCAUUUAUGACUAGAGACAAGAAGUACUUUAAGAAAGCGCGAAGUAUACGAUUUAAUUAAGAAACGUUUUGUUAAAGACAAAAACAUUCGAACAGUCUGUUUUCAUGGAAUAAAGUAUAACUACAGUAGAAAAUAGACGUAUUAGUGAAGAUAGUGAAAUAAGCGAGAAAGACAGACAGUGGCAGAGAGAUCAUGAGAACAUUUUGUGCGACAGAGAACGAGAGAAGCGCGAGUGGGAAAGAGAGGAGAAAGAAAGAGGAUUUAGAUUAAGGGAACAGAAACUAGAAUUAAUAAAAUUAGAAUUACAAGUUCAAGCAAACGGGCAAAAUCAUAAAGUAAGUUCGAGUCAUAAAUUUGACGUUACCAAACAUGUGCGAAUGGUUCCACCUUUCCAGGCACGAGAAGUCGACCAAUAUUUCUUACAUUUCGAAAAAAUUCCCACAAAUUGCGAGUGGCCUAAAGACAGCUGGAUGAUGCUGUUACAAUGUGUUUUAGUUGGUAAAGCUCGUGAAAUCUUUUCGCAACUUUCGAUAGAAUUAUCAGCGAAUUAUGAUACGGUAAAGGAACUUAUCCUUAAUGGCUAAGAGUUGGUUCCAGAGGUAUACCGCCAAAAAUUUCGAAACUUCGAAAAAACUGACCAUAAAACAUAUGUUCAAUUCUCUCAAGAAAAAGAACAGUUGUUUGACCGAUGGUGCUUAUCCGAGAAAAUCAAUAAAGAAUACAAAAAUUUGCGACAACUGAUUUUAAUUGAGGAGUCCAAACGUUGUAUUAACACCGAAGUCCGCACCCUUAUAAAUGAACAAAAACCUGACAGUUUCAUUGCAGCGGCCCGAUUGGCAGACGAUUUCGCGUUGACUCACAAGACCACAUUUGAAAAGAAGUCACAACCAAAUAAUUUUGACAACAGACACACACCGGCCAGAAAAUCUCCGAACGAUAACCGGGGAAAACAUGAUCUCAGAGCAGCACGUGACGACUAAUUUAAGUUGGCGACGACCUGCACAAAAUUUCCAGCCGAAUAAACAUCGGAAUUUCCGAACAAACGAAAUAAUUUUCCUUUCAGCACCAUCACUUGUGACUAUUGUAAGCGUAAGGGACACACGAUCUCAGAUUGCUACAGAAAUCCACAAAAUCAAACAAAACCAACCGGCGUUAUUUCAACACCGGACAACAACACAACAUCUGUUUUUGAUAGUAAUAAUGCUAGUGAUACUCAAGAGGAUUUAAUAGAGGUCAAAGCCAAUGCUGACCCUAUAAUGAAGACAUUUGAACCAUUUGUAAAUACGGAUAGUUUUUCACUUUUGAACGAUCCAACACAAAUUAUUCCAGUUCAAGUAUUACGCGAUACUAGAACGUCUCAAUCCUUAAUACUGACAAACACAUUGCCAUUUUCUGCGGAAUCAUAUUCCGGAAACAAUGUGUUGAUAAAAGGAGUUCACUCCAGCGAUUAUAGUUCAGUUCCUUUGGACAACAUUCAACUGCACUCAGAUUUAGUCUCCGGAGAUGUUUCGAUAGGUAUCAUCGAUACUUUGCCUAUCGAUGGAAUACAAUUGUUAAUAGGCAACGAUCUUGCGGGUGAAAAAGUGACAGUCAAUCCAAUAGUCACAAACAAACCAUGCUCAACAUCAAUUUCCGACGUCAUUGAAUCGAACAAGAAAUUCCAAAUUUAUAUCCAUCGGUCACAAGAGCAAUGGCAAAACAACAAGAAUUAG